AUGACUGACCAUGUUACCUCGACGGCUGGCAAGUCCCAAUUGCUCUAUGCGAAGAGCAAAGUGUUCUUACACUUAACAAAGCACAAGACUGGAAAUGUGGAGGGUUUCCUGACUAUCACCAAGAGGACUGCUUCUACUUCCAAUAAAGAGCUCGCCAUCAAUUUCAUUCCAAAAUCAAUACUGAAUAGUGAAGACGUGAAGACUCUGGAGUGGUUUGACUUGUACGGCCUGGAUGGAGAGAAGGAGUACUCGCCUUAUCACGAGGAUGCGAAUCAAACGAAGCAAUCAUCGAGUAACGAACCUGUCAAAAAGGCUUAUAUUACUAGACCAUCUAACUCAUCUUCAACAGCAUACGCAUUUGGAGUGACAAUUGGUUCACUUUACUCCAUUGCGGUACGACCUCCUUCAAUCCACUGGAAAGGCUCAAUCAUAUUGCAUUCAACUUUAGGCGAGAGAUUACCUCCAAUAUUCUUUCACGACGAUGAGUGUCCAGGGUUCAAGCGAGAGUUAAGCCGAAAAAGAAAGCAGUUUCAACCUUUCAGUGAAAAUAAUCUCAAAGGUGGCGAAAUACCGUAUUGGGGAGGUGAUAGAUUCAUUACUGUCUUGCGGAAAUACGCCGCGGUAGAGGCUAACCCCGCCGAGAAAACAAUUUUGAUGAUCAACCCAACCCCUUCAGACUUGUCAACUUUCAUUCCACAAGAUGCCAUAGAGAGGAGUAAUGAUAAGACCUCUCUUUUUGGACAGGGAAAGUGGAAACUUUUAACUACGAUGGCUAAGUUGACCAAUUUCACUAAGAAUAAGGUGAACGAGGUAGCCCAAAAUUUUGAACAACCUGAAGUGAAAGCCAUUAGUGAGGAUUUUGAGAGUGCGAGAGUGUACCUUGCCAAAUGGGCGCUUUCAAUUGAAGAAGAAGCAAACAGAACUCGCUCCAAGUUGAUCUUGAACGAUGACUACAAAUCUCUAUUGAUAGAGAAGUUGGGAAAGGAUUUUUCUUCGUUGGUUACUCCACAAGACAUUAACAACGCCUCUAGGAAGGACCCCUUGAAGAAAGCUGAAUGGGACUCUUAUUUUGACACUAAUGGAUUACCCAAAAUAACUAUUCAAGAGAUCAAGGAUCGGAUUUUUCAUGGAGGCGUAGACCCUGAAAUAAGACCUCAAGUUUGGCCUUAUCUUCUACAAGUUUAUCCAUGGGAUGUUUCCACCCAAGAAAAGCACAGUUUGGAAAUCACGCUGCAGGAACAAUAUCUAGAUUUGAAGACAUGCUGGCAGACAGAUAUCAACAAGCGUGAGACUGACUUGUUCAAAGAUCAAAAAUUCCGCAUUGAAAAGGACAUUAAUCGAACUGACAGGGACAUUAGCAUUUUUAAGAGAUUACCAGAAGAGACUUCGGAUGACAAUGAAGACGUAUCAGUCAUUAAAAAUCCAAAUCUAAACACUUUGAGGACGAUAUUGAUCACUUACAAUGAGCUGAAUGCAAAUUUAGGUUAUGUUCAAGGAAUGAACGACCUUCUUUCACCGUUGUACUAUGUCAUCAGAGAUGAAACAAUAGUGUUUUGGAGUUUUGUUAAGUUCAUGGAUCGUAUGGAAAGAAAUUUUGUAAGAGAUCAGUCAGGAAUGCGAUUGCAAAUGAAAACGCUAAACGAGUUGACUCAGUUUAUGUUACCUGAGUUUUACUUGCAUUUAGAAAAAUGUGAGUCUAACAACUUGUUCUUCUUUUUCCGAAUGCUGCUAGUUUGGUUCAAGAGGGAGUUUCCUUACGAGACUAUACUCAAGUUGUGGGAAAUUUUUUGGACAGAUUACUAUUCGUCUCAGUUCCAUCUAUUCUUUGCCCUUGCACUGUUGGAUAAACAUUCAAACACCAUCAUCAAUAACUUAUCCAGAUUUGAUGAAGUCCUGAAGUAUUUCAAUGAUUUAUCAAUGACAGAGAAUGAUGUAGACGAUCUACUUAUGAGAGCAGAACUAUUGUUCCUGAAGUUCAGAUCGAUGGUGAACGUGAUAGAUAUCAAAGAAAGAUACGAAGGAAGUGCGCAAUUGAUCUCCUCGGAUCUUAGGGACUUAAUUGGAACGGAGUUAGUGAUUCAGAAGGAAAAUGAACCUUGCUCAGUCGAGUGA